AUUAAAAAAGGCCGAGCACGGUUUGAAGUUUGAACAUCGAAGUGGCAAGAAACAGGCCUCCCUCGAACCAACAGGCAAAGAAAGACAGUGGCAUCAAUCAAUCAAUCAAUCAAUCAAAUAGUAUAAGUAACUCGAACUUUGAUGAUUGAGCUUCCCCUUUGGCCCCUUUCACCAUUAAUGAUAGGUGGUGGCUGUGGAGGUGGAACUGUUUUAGUCAAUGGCCGGCGAAGAACCCGAAAAGGAGGAUGGGGAGGAGGAUGCAAUAACAGUAACAGAGGCCUUAUUACCUUGCCUGGAUGGUGCGAAACUGGUUGAUGCACCUAUUCUUUUCUUUGUUCUUUCUCACAAGGCUUUUGUCAGGGAGCUUGAGCAGCUCCACCGCUCCGCCCUGGAGGUGGCUGACAUUGGGUCCCCUGAUCGCCAGUUUGUGGAUGAUCUUGGCCGGAGGUUUGACUUCUUUAAGCUUGUUUAUAAGUACCACGCUGCAGCGGAAGAUGAGAUUGUAUUUCCAGCUCUAAAUAGCAAAGUAAAGAACGUGGUGACUACAUCUGCAUUAGAACAUAAGUGCAUCAAUGAUGACUUCUGCUCCACAGUCCAGUGCUUGGAUCUUUUAAGAAAAGAGUGUGAAGAUUUUACCCAUCUGUUUCAAAAACUCAUCUUCUGCAUCAGCUCUAUAAAGUCCGCUAUCUGCGAGCAUAUGCUGAAGGAAGAAAAAUUGGUUUUUCCUUUGCUGAUAGGACAAUUCCCUUCUGAAGAACAGGCUAAGCUUGUUUGGCAGUAUAUCUGCAGUGUUCCUAUUGCUUUAUUGGAAGAUUUUCUGCCGUGGAUGGCUUGUUCUCUUCCUCCAGAUGAGCAACUAGACCUUCUGGAUUGCAUGAAGAUUGUUGUAUCCAAGGAGGAAGUGCUUGAAGAGGUGGUCAUCUCUUGGCUUAAUAAUAAGAAACCUUCUCCUCCUGAAGCCUGCAAUGUCUAUGGACAAGGAGCUCAAUUUUACAGUGGACACGUUAGCUCCAUGGAGAUACUCAAGAUACAUCCAAAUACAUUUGAUUUUGGUGAAGAAGAAAAAUCAAAGCUCUGUUCCUUUUACACAUCUAUAGGACCAAACCCACUUGAUGGCAUUUACAUUUGGAAUACUGCUCUUGCAAGAGAUUUCAGGAAAGUUCUGGAUGAGUUAUACCAAAUAAGAAGCUCGAACAACAUGUCAAACUUGUCUUCCAUAGUAGUUCAGCUACAAUUCCUUUUAGAUGUCCUUAUCUCCUACAGCAACGCAUUGAAUCAAAUAUUUUUUCCCCUGGUAAAUGACCUUUCCAAGAAUGUCCUACCAUUAUCUUGCACACGACUUGUGGAGAAAGGUCAAGUCGAAAGACUUCAAUUCUUGCUGUACGGAGUGCUUCAAGAUGGAGCACAACCAAGCAAUUUCCUGAAGGGCCUUUGCAGGGAAGUGGAGUUGCUUGUGAGAGGAAUUAGCCAAAACCUGACACAUAUAGAAACAGAGGUAUAUUCUUCUAUUGGCAAGAAGUGCAGCCAUAAUAUGCUGCUGUGGCUGUUAUAUGCAGGUCUCAAAACUAUGCCUCUUGGGUUGUUAAAAUGCGCUGUUCUUUGGUUUUCUGCUACUUUAUUGGAUGAGCAGUUCAAGACCAUGCUGGAUGCCAUGACAGAUGCAUGCCCUUUAGGCAACAAGCCAAUUUUAAUUCUGUUGCAUAGUUGGGUUCGCAUGGGUUAUUUAGGUAAAAUAUCCAUGGAAAGGUUUGCAAAAGAUCUGCAAGAAAAUUUUAUCAGAGGAAUCUAUUUCACAUCUGAUCGAAUUGGGGAGGAUGUUGGGUUUUCUAAUUUAAAGUUUGAUAUGCAAGCCUGCACUAUAUUUAACACCAUAGAAUCUGAGCCGAGCCCUGCUGUAAAAGAUAACAAGAUGGUCUGGAACCCCUCAUCUUCUCAUUCCAAAACCAAUGAGAAGCUUGAAUCUGGUGGAAUGACUCUUCAUAAAUUCUCCCCUCAAAUGUGGAGCAAUAUUCUUUCGGUUGUGAGACAUCCUGCUGAGAAUGGCAUUGCCAAAAAAGUUUUGGCUCUAGAAUCAAGACCAAUGGAUCAUUUUGUGUGCUUUCACAAAGCUCUCAUAAGAGAUCUGGACUACAUUGUCUUUCUUUCAGCUAACAUGGCCAAAAGCUUUCAGUUUAUCCCUGAUUUACGUAGACAUUUUGAACUUCUAAAGUUUCUGUAUGACAUUCACAGUGCUUCAGAGGAUGAGGUUGUCUUUCCGGCUCUAGAAUCAAAGGGGAAACUCAAAAACAUUACCCAGUCUUACACCAUUGACCAUAAAUUGGAGGAGGAAAACUUUGCCAAAGUUUCAUCUCUGCUAAAUGACAUUGCCACCCUGCAUGAUGAUCUAGACAAACCGGGUGAGGGAAGUCUACAAUAUCGACAGAUGUGUUUGAAGCUCCAUGAGACUUGCCUGUCUAUGCAGAAAAUAAUCUCGGGGCAUAUUCAUCGUGAAGAAAUUCAACUUUGGCCUUUAUUUGGAGAAUACUUUUCCACUGAGGAACAAGAAAAGAUGUUAGGGUGUAUGCUUGGCAGAACUAGAGCUGAAACUCUACAAGAAAUGAUACCCUGGUUGAUGUCAGCUUUAACCCAAGAUGAACAACAUGCCCUGAUUUCUCUGUGGCGUAGGGCUACAAAAAAUACCAAUUUUGAACAAUGGUUAGGAGAAUGGUGGGAAGAUAUGAAAGAUUAUUGUGUUGCUAAGGAUGAAGAAGAAUCCUCUUUUCCUCCUUCCUUGGCUGCUAACCCUCUGGAAGUUGUCUCAGUGUAUCUGGGGGAACAAACAUGCAGAGAAAGCAAACUUUCAGGAAAAGAAGUUUCUGAUAACAAUGCUGAGCAUUCUGGGUAUAUAUGUCCAUAUUCAAAAGAUUUCAAAGGCGGUCAAAACAAUGAUAAAUAUGAAGAUCUAGUCAACUGUGGUGAAGAACUUGAUAAGAAAACUGAUCAGCAAAUUGUUGAUGAUCAAGCUGAUAAAGCUGGACAAAACAUUCAGGCGUGCCAUGAUGAGCAUCCACUGGAAUUAAAUCAAAAGGAGCUGGAAACUGCAAUAAGAAGAGUGUCCCGUGAUCCUACAUUGGAUUCUCAGAAGAAAUCACAUAUCAUCCAGAGCCUGAUAAUGAGCCGUUGGAUUGUAACACAACAGAAUUCAAACACGUUGAGUGCUGCAGCUAAUGACAGAGAAGAAGAUUUUGGCCAGUAUCCAUCUUAUCAGGAUUCUCUCAAUGAAAUUUUUGGCUGCAAGCACUACAAACGCAACUGUAAACUUCUUGCUGCAUGUUGCAGCAAACUGUUUACAUGCAUAAAAUGUCAUGACGAGUUCACAGAUCAUUCUAUGGAAAGAAAAGCUAUUACAAAAAUGAUGUGCAUGAAAUGCUUGGUAAUUCAACCAGUUGGCCCAAAAUGCUCAAACAAUGCUUGCAAUAAUUUUCCAAUGGCAAAAUACUAUUGCCCAGUUUGCAAACUAUUUGAUGAUGAAAGGAAAAUUUAUCACUGCCCUUAUUGCAAUCUGUGCCGAGUUGGGAAGGGAUUGGGUAUUGAUUACUUCCAUUGCAUGAAUUGUAAUGCUUGCAUGUCACGGUCUCUUUCCGUGCAUAUCUGCAGAGAGAAGUGCUUUGAGGACAACUGCCCAAUCUGCCAUGAAUACAUUUUUACCUCAAGCUCUCCAGUCAAGGCACUUCCAUGUGGUCAUUUAAUGCACUCAGAAUACACAUAUACUCAUUAUACCUGCCCAAUUUGUAGCAAGUCACUUGGGGACAUGCAGGUGUAUUUUGGAAUGUUAGACGCACUAUUAGCUGAAGAGAAAGUUCCGCAGGAGUAUUCAAGUCGAAUUCAGGUUAUUCUAUGCAAUGACUGUGAAAGGAAAGGAAAUGCUUCCUUCCACUGGCUGUAUCACAAGUGCCCUCAUUGUGGUUCAUACAAUACCAGGCUCCUAUAAGCCAAAUACACAGGCGGCUGUUGAACCCAUAAAGAGUUUACAGCAUUGUUUUCCUUGGAAUCCAUGUAAGUUGCAUUGUAAUUGGCAGCGUUGGCACUAUUGGAGGAGUAAGUGGGGUGUGAUCCAAUGGGCAGUGCGGAUACGGUAUUGUCAUAAUUUUGGGGAGCAUCCUGGUGAAAAUGCGACAGGGCAUUGCUUGGAGGCGCCAUUCCUAAGUGCAAUUGCGAUAUAGAAUCACUCAAUCCAGUUGACACCUCCUGUUGCUGAUGCUGUCGAUAGAGAGCCAAUUGUGCAUGAAUGGCUUGAAGUUCCUCCUCGGCUAGUUGAAUUUGGUACCACAACUGUUGUAUGAUUCCUAAACAUCCGUGGACAGGAUACUUAUCGCGUAUAUUUGAUUGAUAGAUGAUGGACUUCAUGGCAACCAACUUCUGGCUGGGGUGGUCUAGCUGUCUCAGAAUCUUCAAGAUGUUGCUCACGCCAAAAAGCUUGUGAGCAUUCUGGAACAUCUUAGGCUGAUCAGCUGGGAAGUAUGGCGCGAGUGGACAGUCAGCCGUGCACCUCCUCCUCUGAUACUUGCAGGCAGCGCAGGCUUGGCUGGUGCCACCUUUGAGGGUCAUCUCAUCUCAAAGAAAUGUGUGACAAAAAUAGAGAGUAUUCAUGUAAAAAAAAUAUUGGAGGUGGGCUGAGCCAAAAGAGAUGGCCAAAAAAAAAAGAAAGAAAGGAAUUUUGCUCUGCUUAGAUAAGAUAAAAGGAGUGUUAGUGCUGGUGUUCAAAGGAAGGAAGACAGAAGCCAAAUGGCAACAUUGAUCUCAACUGAACUAGUCUGCUGAUAUAUGCGGAUUUUGCUGCAAGACUUGGUAAGAUAACAGAUUGAGAGAGGGAGACCCGAAAAUGCUGGGGUGUUUCUUUCAACGGGUUAAUUGCAUAUACCUCCCUUCAGUUUUGACCAAACUACAAAAAAAACCCUGAGGUUUGGCUAAAUAACCAACACCCCCUUUAAGUAACUUCUGCCAAAGUGUCUUGGACGGAAUCAGUGAAAAGAUCACUCGCCCACAAGUGUUGUAAAUUUGAAAUUCCUCAAUGCCAUUUUAUAGGUUUAAAAAGAAA